UAAAAAUUAUAAAACUAAACAACGAUGACUCAAAGACAACAUAAAAUCCUGGGUGCAAAAAAAGGUAAAAAAAAUAAAGAUGAAGAAAUCGCGCGGAAACCAAUCGUGUUCAGUUGUGUCGACACCGACAAAAUGGCAUCUGCAAGUUCGAAAGCUAAAAUGAAUUUGACGAGUAAAAAAGAAAAUUCCAGGGAGUUUAGCUCUUACUUUUAUGGGCAGAAGAAAAAUACGGAUCCCUUUUACAUAGCAACGUCUCACGAAGAGAAAAGGCCAUUGUCUAAAAAGAGUCGAGUUAUAUCAACGUACCCAACUUUAAUCCAGGGUCUUCGCUGGAGUCCAUCCGUUGAAAGUUAUGACGAGGAUUAUCAAGAAGAAGAACAAAAUGUUAUCUGCAGAAACUGUCAGAAGCAAGGUUACAAUACAGAUUGGAGAGAUAACAUGAAAACUUUCAGAGAUAAUAUAAGGAGAUUCGUUGACAGCAGCACGAUGACGCCUCGACUGAACGAUGCCUCGUGUGGCGCUUGCUCGCCUCAAUCACAGGCUUCGUAUACAUCCUCAGUUUCAAUAUCAUCAGAUAUCGCUACCAGAGAUGUAUCAAACACCCAGGUACGUUAUUCGCCCACUCGUAUCCUCAAGACACGGGAUUACGAAUCAAAUUUAAACUACAAAUAUUACGAGAGGAAAACUCCAUGUGUGAUACCAGAAACUGAUUAUUUAGAUGACUCUGAAGUACAAUCAUACAUAACACCGCCAAGCGUGAGACGAACUAAGCUACCUUUAUGUCGGAAGACUGCCAUACCAUCUGACCAGUGUGAUAAUCCCAGAAAGAUCUUGUACAACGAGGGCAUUAGUGACAUAGUAGCUAAUAACUUUCCCAAUUACGGCGCUUAUGAAAAUCGCAUGCAAGAGCCAAUUAGACCGAAAAGGAAUUACAAUAAACCUUCUGUUUUCAGUAGGGGCAUUCCAUACGCGCAUCGGAAGCAAUCAAAAUAUCACUAUGAUUGUAAUGAACAAGAUUUUAAGUCAUAUCGCUGUGAUAUUGAAGACGAGGUGAAGCAUUUAGUGGCCAAGCCGAAGGUACUGAAGUACUGUCAAGCAAAGAAACCAAAUAAUGGAGAUGUUCCCAUAAGGAUGCCGAAGAAAGUGUUAAGCUCUGAACGGGAUAUAGAUUCAUAUAUUAAAAGAAGACAUCGUCUUACGGGACAGUUCUCAACAUGCUACGUGUUGAAGGAGGCAACAAGGGUUCCCAGUGGUUCGAUGUGCUGUGCGCUGGCAAUGGCACGUGCGCUGCACAUCCACUGCACCGCUGCAGUUGCUGACAACGGGCUUCCGGGCUGCUUGCAACCAAUCUACGGCGCCGGGAUGCCUGCGCGAACGAGAAUCGACGGUAGCCACUCACCGCUGCUGUCGAAGACUUUGUGUUUGUGGUGCUAUUGUUUAUAG